UCUGUCUCUGAGCAGCGCUGGAGCCGAAGCCGGUUCCCGCGUCCUGCAGCUGAGGAGCCCUUCCGUUGUCCACGGCCCCUACCAGCGAGGGCAGUCUUGGUCCCUCGGCGGAGCUCGGGAGAUGUGACUGCUUGGCGGCGGUGGUGGUGGCAGCGUCCGGGGCCGGGGGAGGGGGUGUCUCGGACAGAGACCCCAGGGCUCGGGGAGGCUGAGGCGACCGGGCCUCCUCCCCCUGCGCCCGCCUUCCGCCUUCGGGACGAGAGUCUUUCGUCCUUUACAGCACCGCUCCGGCUCUGGGACACUGGGGGUGGUCUCUGUUUCCCCUAGACCUGGGACACCCCCGUUUCCUGAGGCGUGGAGGAGCGUCGCCCCCGGAGUAAGCCGCCCGUGCCCCUCCCCAAAGCCUUCCUCUUAGCCCAGAGCUACCCCUUGUCCCGGAUCCCUGCCCCAAGUUUGGCCUGGAGCCCCCCAUUCAAAUUCCCUCCCUGCUCUCAGGUGGCCUCCCCUUCCCCCAGGUUGCUCCUGCCGAGCCUCUAAUGCCCUGACUUUUUCCAAUGUCACCUACGGCGCCCUUAGUCUCAGCUCAGCCCAAAACUUCAAUGCAAAGGAAAAGUCUGGAUUGGUUUCACAGGCCUUUUAAAAAGCGGACUUAAAAGUUGCUGGCAAUGCAUUCCUUUUCGUCAGAGUCGAGGGCAAGCCCUCGCUGAAAUCUGGAUGACCCGUGUCCUUUUCCGGAGAGCAGAGUAGAGAAGCAAGAGCGGCAGCUAGUUCAGCAGGAAAUUUGUCGGAAGAUGAAGAAACUAAGAUAGGGGGUUGGUGACUUCCACAGGAAAAGUUCUGGAGGAGCAUCCAAAGACGAUUGACGUUUCCUUUAUGUGUGGGAUCAAAAUGACUUUAGUACUGUGGACACUUGGCGUCAUCCCUGUGAAUAUUUCUGUUUAGGUUUUUCUUCUUGGAAAGAAAUUGUUACUCAGCCAAAUCAGGAAACUUUUUCGGGUAGCAUUGCAAUUAUAUUACUUCAAAUUGAUAAACUGGGAAAAUAAUUGGAAUUCCUGUUUACAUGUGUCAACCUAAAAAAAACUGUGCUUUUGUUGUGGAAGAUGUCUUUUUGUGAUUGACCUCAAUUUCUGAGUUGUGGAGAUGCAGUGAAUGUGAAAUCCCACAUAUAUACUGUUUUUUUUCUAAGCUAACUGACUUUCUGGAAGAUCUUGAACCCUCUUCUGGAAAGGGGUGCCUAUCGUUACUUUAUGGGGCAGCAGCCUGGAAAAGUUCUUGGGGACCAAAGAAGGCCAAGUUUGCCUGCCCUACACUUUAUUAAAGGAGCAGGGAAAAAGGAAUCAUCGAGGCAUGGGGGUCCACACUGCAAUGUUUUCGUGGAACAUGAAGCCCUUCAGAGGCCAGUAGCAUCUGACUUUGAGCCCCAGGGUCUGAGUGAAGCUGCUCGUUGGAACUCCAAGGAAAACCUUCUUGCUGGGCCCAGUGAAAAUGACCCCAACCUUUUCGUUGCACUGUAUGACUUUGUGGCCAGUGGAGACAACACCCUAAGCAUAACUAAAGGUGAAAAGCUUCGUGUUUUAGGCUACAAUCACAAUGGGGAAUGGUGCGAAGCCCAAACCAAAAAUGGCCAGGGCUGGGUCCCAAGCAACUACAUCACGCCAGUCAAUAGUCUGGAGAAGCACUCCUGGUACCACGGGCCUGUGUCCCGCAACGCUGCUGAGUAUCUGCUGAGCAGUGGGAUCAAUGGCAGCUUCUUGGUGCGGGAGAGCGAGAGCAGUCCUGGCCAGAGGUCCAUCUCGCUGAGAUAUGAAGGGCGGGUGUAUCACUACCGGAUCAACACUGCUUCUGAUGGCAAGCUCUACGUCUCCUCGGAGAGCCGCUUCAACACUCUGGCCGAGUUGGUUCAUCAUCAUUCAACUGUAGCUGACGGGCUCAUCACCACUCUCCAUUACCCAGCCCCCAAGCGCAACAAGCCCACUGUCUACGGCGUGUCCCCCAACUACGACAAGUGGGAGAUGGAGCGCACAGACAUCACCAUGAAGCACAAGCUGGGCGGGGGCCAGUACGGGGAGGUGUACGAGGGCGUGUGGAAGAAGUACAGCCUGACAGUGGCCGUGAAGACCUUGAAGGAGGACACCAUGGAGGUGGAAGAGUUCUUGAAAGAAGCUGCAGUGAUGAAGGAGAUCAAGCACCCUAACCUAGUGCAGCUACUGGGGGUCUGCACCCGGGAGCCCCCGUUCUACAUCAUCACCGAGUUCAUGACCUAUGGGAACCUGUUGGAUUAUCUGAGAGAGUGUAACCGGCAGGAGGUGAAUGCUGUGGUGCUGCUGUACAUGGCUACUCAGAUCUCGUCAGCCAUGGAGUACCUGGAGAAGAAGAACUUCAUCCACAGAGAUCUUGCUGCCCGAAACUGCCUGGUAGGUGAGAACCACUUGGUAAAGGUGGCUGAUUUCGGCCUGAGCAGGUUAAUGACAGGGGAUACUUACACAGCCCACGCCGGAGCCAAGUUCCCGAUCAAGUGGACGGCGCCUGAAAGCCUGGCCUACAACAAGUUCUCUAUCAAGUCUGACGUUUGGGCAUUUGGAGUAUUGCUUUGGGAAAUUGCUACCUAUGGCAUGUCACCAUACCCGGGAAUUGACCUGUCCCAGGUAUAUGAGCUGCUGGAGAAAGACUACCGCAUGGAGCGCCCAGAAGGCUGUCCAGAGAAGGUCUACGAACUCAUGCGAGCAUGUUGGCAGUGGAAUCCCUCUGACCGGCCCUCCUUCGCUGAAAUCCACCAAGCCUUUGAAACAAUGUUCCAGGAAUCCAGUAUCUCAGAUGAAGUGGAAAAGGAGCUGGGGAAACAAGGCGUCCGAGGGGCCGCGAGCACCUUGCUUCAGGCUCCAGAGCUGCCCACCAAGACCAGGACCUCCAGGAGAGCUGCAGAGCACAAAGAUGCCACCGACGUGCCUGAGGUGCCCCACCCCAAGGGCCAGGGAGAGAGCGAUCCUCUGGAUCAGGAGCCUACUGUGUCUCCAUUGCUCCCUCGAAAAGAGCGAGGUCCCCCAGAUGGCGGCCUGAAUGAAGAUGAGCGCCUUCUGCCCAAAGACAAAAAGACCAACUUGUUCAGCGCCUUGAUCAAGAAGAAGAAGAAAACAGCCCCAGCCCCUCCCAAGCGCAGCAGCUCCUUCCGCGAGAUGGACGGCCAGCCAGAGCGCAGGGCGGCCAGCGAGGAAGAAGGCCGGGACAUCAGCAACGGGGCAUUAACUUGCACCCCUCUGGACGCAGCCGAGCCAGCUAAGUCCCCAAAGCCCAGCAAUGGGGCUGCCGUCCCCAACGGAGCCCUCCGGGAGUCAGGGGGCGCAGGCUUCCGGUCUCCCCACCUGUGGAAAAAGUCCAGCACCCUGACCAGCAGCCGCGUGGCAGCAGGCGAGGAAGAGGGUGGCGGCAGCUCCAGCAAGCGCUUCCUGCGAUCCUGCUCUGCCUCCUGCAUGCCCCACGGGGCCAAAGACACAGAGUGGAGGUCAGUCACACUGCCUCGGGACUUGCAGUCCACCGGAAGACAGUUUGACUCGUCCACAUUUGGAGGGCACAAAAGUGAAAAGCCAGCUCUGCCUCGGAAGCGGGCAAGUGAGAACCAGCUGACCAGAGGCACUGUGACUCCCCCACCCAGGCUGGUGAAAAAGAACGAGGAAGCUGCUGACGAGGUCUUCAAAGACACCACGGAGUCUAGCCCGGGCUCCAGCCCUCCCAGUCUGACUCCAAAACCCCUCCGUCGGCACGUCAUGGUGGCUCCUUCCUCGGGCCUCCCCCACAAGGAAGAGACUGGGAAGGGCGGCGCCAUAGGGAUCGCAGUUGCAGCUGAGCCCGUGCCCCCCACCAGCAGAGUGGGGUCAGGCGCACCCGCAGGCACCAGCAAGGCCCCUGCAGAGGAGCCCAGAGUGAGGAGGCACAAGCACUCCUCUGAGUCUCCUGGAAGAGACAGGGGGAAACUGUCCAAGCUCAAACCUGCCCCGCCGCCCCCUCCAACUUCCGCAGGGAAGGCUGGAAAGCCCUCGCAGAGCCCGAGCCAGGAGGCAGCCGGGGAGGCAGGCACCAGCGUGAAAACAAAAUCCACGAGUCUGGCUGUUGAUGCUGUGAACAGUGAUGCUGCCAAACCCAGCCAGCUAGGAGAGGGUGUCAAAAAGCCUGUGCUCCCGUCCAUACCAAAGCCACAGUCAUCCACCAAGCCGUCGGGGACCCCCACCAGCCCAGCCCCUGCUCCCUCCACGUUGCCAUCAGCAUCUUCAGCCCUGGCAGGGGACCAGCCAUCUUCCACCGCCUUCAUCCCUCUCAUAUCCACCCGCGUGUCUCUUCGGAAAACCCGCCAGCCUCCUGAGCGGAUCGCCAGUGGCGCUAUCACCAAGGGCGUGGUUCUGGACAGCACCGAGGCCCUGUGCCUCGCCAUCUCUAGGAACUCGGAACAGAUGGCCAGCCACAGUGCGGUGCUAGAAGCUGGCAAAAACCUCUACACAUUCUGCGUGAGCUACGUGGAUUCCAUCCAGCAAAUGAGGAACAAGUUUGCCUUCCGCGAGGCCAUCAACAAGCUGGAGAAUAACCUUCGGGAGCUCCAGAUCUGCCCAGCACCAGCAGGCAGUGGCCCAGCGGCCACUCAGGACUUCAGCAAGCUACUCAGUUCCGUAAAGGAAAUCAGCGACAUUGUUCAGAGGUAGCAGAAGCCAGGAGUCAAGCCAGCUAGAGCUGCCUGCAGCACAUGAGGGCUCACCCGUGCCGUGACAGUGUCUGACAAGGGACCAGUGAGUCGGCACCUUGGCCCAGGAGCUCUGCGCCAGGCACAGCCGAGGGCCCCCGUGGAGUCCAGCCCUACUACCUAUGUGUGCACCAACUGUCCUCCUGCACCAUCUUCCGCCCCAGCCAGGCCUCCCUGAGCCAGCUCUGUCCUCAAGUUUUCUCUGUGGAGUCCCCACUCGCUCUAUGGACUGCGGUUGGCACACCAGGGCCCAUCAGGCGUGGUUGCCACCGAGUGCUUUGGACUGAGCUCUCCAGGUCGGGUGGGAACGGCCAAAAAGGAGUGUCCUUUUCAUUUUUAUCUCUGGAGACCUUGCUCUGGCUGUGCCUUCUCCUUCCAUUUAUCCCAAAAACGGAAGCCUGAACCAAGGCCACGAGCCUCAUCCCCUCCCCAGUCCUCAUCCCUGCACCUCCUGCGUUGAAGAUGUGUUUCAAGAACCACAUUCUGGGAGCGACAGGCACAAGUGCCACCAGCUGGUCACUCUGCCCUCCUCUGCUGCCCGGGGCCGGGUGCACUUGCCGUUCCCUCAUGUGCAGGACAGCCCCUGAUUCGGGUGGGAACCAGGGUGCUAAAGCCAACUAGCCUUGUGUUCCGGACAGGUGGGAGCUGUCAUCUGUCCUGUCCACAUCCCCGAGCCCUGUUCUUGCAGUCUUUGACAUGCACUGCCAAGUCCUGGCGAGAAAGCUUGAGUCUUAAGGGUAGCAGGUCACUGUCGCUGCCGACCCCCCAGUAGAACAGGGGCAGGGCAGGGAGGCAGUGGUUGGUUGGGUGAACGGCCGGUGCCCGGCUAGCCCUGGACUGGGCCUCAGCCAGUCUGCGGUGGCCCAGGGUGAACUUUCUGUCACACAUCCAGGUGCCCUGAAAAGGUCUUGAUUUUGGACCCUUCUCCUUCCCUCGCCGGCCCUUCCCUUUGUGGCAAGACAGUCUCCAGUUUUCUGGAGUUCUUGAAGCAUUUCAAAGCUCUACCCUCUGCACAGCCGUUUGCACACAGAAGGACACUGCCACGGGCGCCAGCACACAGGAAAGGACUGUUGGCACCAAAGGCCUGACCACUGUUGGCUGCGCUCUCGAAUCAGGCUAAUGUCUUUUAUUUAAUUACAGUGAGCAACACUUGGCCUCAUGUUUCUGUAGGGUCAUCAGGGAGUGUUAAGAAAACCACAAAUGAAGCCCCAGAAAGUAUUUCAAAGAGCAGGCCUUGGUGUCUCCUCCCCCGGGUUGCCCAGGAGCAGAGCUGAGGGACAGAGACCAUGACUCUCGGGGCAGGGACCCCAGGUCUACUGGACCUUGACCUAGAGCAGCUAACUCUAGGAGGAGUGGGCAGGCGCCUGCCCCCGGCCUCAGCUGGGCCCAGGGAAACCCCCUUCCCACUCCCUGCGCCGCCUCAGGCCGGGACCUCACAGCACCUAUUUUUACACUCGUCACCUAAACUUGUAUUUUAUUUUUCUGGUAGAAAUGGUUUCCUCCGGAUCGUUUUAUGCGGUUCUCACAGUGCAUCACCUCUUUGCCCCCGAUGGCUGUG